ACACUGAUAUGCUUCCUCCUGUCACUAGGGAGCAAGCCUGUAAGACGCAAGACCAACAACAAAAUCCUGGCAACAUCUGGCAGAACUGUCCGCUCUCCUCUCAGCAUCCUGCAAGAUGAUAAUUCCCCCAGUGUUCCUGUCCCUUGCCAGGGUAAGAGGCAUGUGUUGGGAGAGAACCUUGGGGAGAAGAAGGAAGUGACAGUGGAUCUGAGCAGGAACCUCAAAUCUGGGAGCUGUGGUUGGAGUAACUUGAACAAAGAGAACCAACAGUGUCCUUUUGUGGAGAACUAG